AUGAAAGCUUAUCGCUUGAUGGGACCUACAACUACUCCGGACCCCUUGGCCGAUAGGUCGGCGCCGAUACGACUUGAGAACCAGUAUCACUGCAGCGAAGCCAGAGUGCUACCUUCGUCACCAAAUCGCGCAAGAAACAGCCGCCCUGAAUACCACACGUCACCUGACGCAGACGGUCGCACAGAAACUGCAGAUAUUUUUCGAAGACGACCCACACCGCGGGUGUGGAGUCAGCAAUUCCACCGUUUGCCUGACGAAGCUGCCCCAAGCGAGAGCAGAUGUAAAAACUCUCCUAGUCCAAGUCAUUGUGCGUACCCACCUGGUUUCGACACGGAAAGCACAAUGGAGCUAAACCGGGCCUCGACUAGGGGUCGCAAAAGGUCGACAGCAUCUCCUGCAUCUCGCGAAUAUGGUGUAGGAUGUAUACGUGAUCUGGAAGAUUGCUAUGGCGUUGAGGCCGUCAAGGAAAACGGUUCGCAACCUCAUGAUAGAGUAAACACAAGUAUAAACGCUACGCGAUCAAGGAGAACAUCAAGUUCGAAGUCCACAGCAUCGCAAGAAAGGCGUGGUCGAUCUAAGAGGGCUAAAGUGUCGCGUCAGCAGUCUUCCUCUAGUAACAAGAUAGAUGAAGCGAGUGUCGCAGAUUUUCUUUCGUGCGGCCCGUCCUCGCAGAGCGUUAC